GCGAAAAAAAACCACACGUAAUUUUUCACAGGGCGAGGCAUUGUGAAAAAAUCCAAUUGCACACAUUUUGAGGAGUAUUUAGCAACCGAAAACCAUCGAGGGACAUGGGCGACUCCCUGGAGAACCCCGACACAUCGGUGGAUCCGGUCGUGAACCUGUCCAUUGCGAAUUACGAUGCAUUCGCCAACUACCUUCGCAAGGCGGUGACCAUCCUGCUGCCUGAGGAGGAUGUGGUUCCCGCAUCGCUGAACAACGCUCUGGACGAUCCUGUCAACCAGGACACCAUCCGGAAGUUCCUCUCUGAUCCCCAGGUGCAGGCGCUCUACGUCCAACGCAAUUGCAUUAAAGAGGACGACACCGAGCAGCCCGCCGAGGGCGAGGAGGAGAAGGAGCAGGUCACCUACCAGAUCAGCAACGAUGUCCACUUCACCAACAGCCGCAUGGCCUCGCUGGCCUGCAUCAAGCGCGGCGUGGUCGUGGAGGCGGACAAGUCGAUCCACUCGCAGCUGCGGCUGAUCAACUUCUCGGACGGAUCGCCCUACGAGACGCUGCACGCGUUCAUCAGCAAGUCCCUGGCGCCCUACUUCAAGUCGUAUGUCAAGGAGUCGGGACGUGCUGAUCGCGAUGGCGACAAGAUGGCUCCCUCCGUGGAGAAGAAGCUGGCCGAGCUGGAGAUGGGACUGUUGCAUCUGCAGCAGAACAUCGACAUACCGGAGAUCACGCUGACGGCUCACCAGACCGUCAACAAUGUGAUUCGGAAGUGCUCGGAUGAGAACCGCAAGGCCAAGGUGGCUGACUUUGGCGACAAGGUGGAGGAUUCCUCGUUUCUGAAUCAGCUGCAGACCGGUGUCAACCGCUGGAUCACCGAGAUCAAGAAGGUGACCAAGCUAAACCGUGAUCCGGGCUCAGGAACUGCUCUCCAGGAAAUCUCCUUCUGGCUGAAUCUGGAGCGCGCUCUCUAUCGCAUCCAGGAGAAGCGCGAGUCGCCAGAAGUGGCUCUGACCUUGGACAUCCUGAAGCAUGGAAAGCGUUUCCAUGCCACCGUUUCAUUUGACACGGAUACCGGGCUUAAACAAGCUCUAGCCACGGUAGCCGACUACAAUCCUUUGAUGAAGGAUUUUCCUAUCAAUGACUUACUAUCCGCUACCGAGCUGGAGAAGAUUAGACCUGCCGUGCAGCAGAUCUUCUCGCAUCUGCGCAAGGUGCGCAACACCAAGUACCCCAUCCAGCGGUGCCUCAAGCUCAUCGAGGCCAUCUCGAGGGAUCUGUCGCAGCAGUUGCUUAAGGUGCUGGGCACCCGGCGACUGAUGCACAUUCCCUUCGAUGAAUUCGAGCGCGUUAUGAACCAGUGCUUCGAAAUCUUCAGCUGCUGGGAUGAUGAGUACGACAAGUUGCAGGGAUUGCUCCGCGAUAUUGUGAAGAAAAAGCGUGAUGAGCAUCUUAAGAUGGUGUGGCGCGUUUCGCCGGCGCACAAGAAGCUGCAGACCCGCAUGGAGCACAUGCGCAAGUUCCGACGCCAGCACGAGCAGUUGCGCACCGUCAUCCUGCGUGUCCUGCGGCCCACCAAGCCGGCCGUUAGCGAUGACGGCAACGCCGUGGAAACCAAGCAGCCGUACAGCUUAGACGCUGCCGAUGCCAACGCCAUCGAGGAGGUGAACCUGGCCUACGAAAACGUCAAGGAGGUGGACUGCCUGGACAUCACCAAGGAGGGAUCCGAGGCAUGGGAGGCCGCUGUUAAGCGAUACGAGGAAAAGAUUGAUCGCGUGGAGACCCGCAUUACGGCUCACCUGCGUGACCAACUGGGAACAGCUAAGAAUGCUAACGAAAUGUUCCGUAUUUUCUCGCGCUUCAAUGCGCUCUUCGUGCGUCCCCACAUCCGUGGCGCCAUUAGGGAGUACCAGACCCAGCUGAUUCAGCGCGUCAAGGACGACAUCGAGGCUCUGCACGAGAAGUUCAAGGUGCAGUACCCGCAGAGCAAGAGCUGCCGUUUGUCUUCGGUGCGAGAUCUUCCACCAGUAGCUGGCUCCAUCAUUUGGGCCCGUCAGAUCGACAACCAGCUGACGAUGUACUUGAAGCGUGUCGAGGACGUGCUGGGCAAGGGCUGGGAGACCCACAUCGAGGGCCAAAAGCUGAAGGCCGACGGUGACAGCUUCCGUGCCAAGCUUUCCAUCUCGGAUGUGUUCCAUGAGUGGGCCCGCAAGGUGCAGGAGCGCAAUUUCGGCAGCACUGGCCGUAUCUUCACUAUCGAGUCAACGCGUUCUCGCAUUGGACGUGGAAAUGUCCUGCGACUGCGGGUCAACUUUUUACCGGAGAUUAUCACCCUGGCGAAGGAGGUGCGCAACAUCAAGAAUCUAGGAUUCAGAGUUCCGUUGACCAUUGUGAACAAGGCGCAUCAGGCCAACCAGAUUUAUCCCUAUGCUAUAUCCCUGAUUGAAAGCGUUCGCACCUACGAACGCACUUUGGAGAAGCUUAAUAAUAGGAGUCUAGCACAAAAUUCUGUAUUCAAGAUCGAAGAUCGCGCUAGUAUUGUACCACUUGUGGCAGGACUGCGAAAGGAUGUCCUCAAUCUGGUCUCCGAGGGAAUUGGGCUCAUUUGGGAAUCGUACAAGCUAGAUCCGUACGUUCUUCGCCUGUCGGAGUGUGUGACCCAGUUCCAGGAGAAGGUCGACGACUUGCUGGUUGUGGAGGAGCAACUCGAUGUGGACGUGCGCUCGCUGGAGACCUGUCCCUACAGCGCCGCCACCUUCGUGGAGAUUCUGUCGAAGAUUCAGCAUGCCGUCGACGAUCUCUCGCUGCGUCAGUACUCCAACUUGAGUGUUUGGGUUACCCGACUCGAUGAGGAGGUGGAGAAGAAGUUGGCCCACCGUCUGCAGGCGGGUAUUCAGGCCUGGACGGAGGCUCUGACUGGCAACAAGAAGGAGGUGGACACCUCCAUGGACACCGAUGCACCAGUUCAGCCCACUCAUAAGCUGGGAGGAGAGCCCCAGAUUCAGAAUGCUGUGCAUGAGAUUCGUAUCACCAAUCAGCAGAUGUAUCUUUAUCCUUCGAUCGAGGAAGCCCGCUUCCAGAUAAUGCAGCAGUUCUUUGCCUGGCAGGCAAUCGUCACCUCGCAAGUGCGUCUGCAGAGCACCCGUUACCAGGUUGGCUUGGAGAAGCCAGUCUCUCAGACUUACCGCAACCUGCUGACCAAGUUGCCCGAGGGAAAGAUCCUGGAGAGCGCCUAUGGAGCCAUUGAAAAUAAGGUGAGCGAGGUGCGCAACUACGUGGAUGAGUGGCUGCGCUACCAGAGUCUAUGGGAUCUGCAGGCUGACAUGUUGUACGGUCGGUUGGGUGAGGAUGUGAACUUGUGGAUCAAGUGCUUGAAUGACAUCAAGCAGUCACGCACCACCUUUGAUACCUCUGAUACUCGCAGAGCCUAUGGUCCCAUAAUCAUUGAUUACGCCAAGGUGCAAGCCAAGGUCACUUUGAAAUACGACUCCUGGCACAAGGAGGCUCUUGGCAAGUUUGGCACCCUGUUGGGCACAGAGAUGACCAGCUUCCACGGCAAGGUGUCCAAGUCCCGUACCGAUCUGGAGAUGCAGAGCAUUGAGGCGGCCAGCACAUCGGAUGCAGUGAGCUUCAUCACCUACGUCCAGUCGCUGAAGAAGGACAUGAUUGCUUGGGACAAGCAGGUGGAGGUGUUCAGGGAGGCACAGCGCAUCCUGGAGCGCCAGCGAUUCCAGUUCCCCAACAACUGGCUGCAUGUGGACAACAUCGAGGGUGAGUGGUCUGCCUUCAACGAGAUUAUCAAGCGCAAGGACACGGCCAUCCAGACGCAGGUCGCCAGUCUGCAGGCCAAGAUCGUGGCCGAGGACAAGGCUGUGGAGACACGCACUGUGGACUUCCUGAACGAUUGGGAGAAGACCAAGCCCACGGGCGGCAAGAUCCGGCCAGAUGAUGCCCUGCAACAGCUGCAAAUCUUUGAGAGCAAGUACUCCCGCUUGAAGGAGGAGCGUGACAACGUGGUCAAGGCCAAGGAGGCACUGGAACUGCAGGAAUCGGCGGUGCCCAACAACAGCGCCGAGCGCAUGAACGUUGCUCUCGAGGAAUUGCAGGAUCUGCGUGGUGUCUGGAGCGAGUUGUCCAAGGUGUGGACCCAGAUCGACGAGACGCGUGAGAAGCCAUGGCUUUCGGUGCAGCCACGUAAGUUGCGCCAGCAACUGGAGGCCAUGAUGGCUCAGCUGAAGGAGCUGCCCGCUCGUCUCCGCAUGUACGAGUCAUAUGAGUACGUGAAGAAACUGAUCCAGAGCUACAUCAAGGUUAACAUGCUAAUUGUGGAGCUGAAGUCGGAUGCUCUAAAGGAGCGCCACUGGAAGCAGUUGACCAAGCAACUGCGCGUUAACUGGGUCAUCUCUGAUCUGUCCCUAGGCCAAGUGUGGGAUGUUAACCUGCAGAAGAACGAGAAUGUCGUUAAGGACAUCAUCCUGGUGGCCCAGGGCGAGAUGGCGCUGGAGGAGUUCCUUAAGCAGGUGCGCGAGUCCUGGCAGAACUACGAACUGGACUUGAUAAACUACCAGAACAAGUGCCGCAUCAUCCGCGGUUGGGACGAUCUGUUCAACAAGGUGAAGGAGCACAUCAACUCAGUGGCCGCCAUGAAGCUGUCUCCAUACUACAAGGUCUUCGAGGAGGAGGCUUUGACCUGGGAGGAAAAGCUGAACCGCAUUAACGCCCUGUUCGAUGUAUGGAUCGAUGUGCAAAGACGUUGGGUUUACUUAGAGGGUAUCUUUUCGGGCAGCGCUGACAUUAAGACGCUUCUCCCGGUGGAGACCUCGCGUUUCCAGAGCAUCAGUUCUGAGUUCCUUGGCUUGAUGAAGAAGGUGACCAAAUCGCCCAAGGUUAUGGAUGUGUUGAACAUUCCUGCUGUGCAGAGAUCCCUGGAACGUUUGGCCGAUUUGCUGGGCAAGAUCCAGAAGGCUCUGGGCGAGUAUCUGGAGCGGGAGAGAACCUCGUUCCCUCGCUUUUACUUUGUGGGAGAUGAAGAUCUUUUGGAGAUUAUUGGCAACAGCAAGAACAUUGCCCGUCUGCAAAAACACUUCAAGAAAAUGUUUGCUGGUGUUGCUGCCAUCCUACUGAACGAGGAAAACAACGUGAUCCUGGGUAUUUCAUCUCGCGAGGGCGAGGAGGUGCACUUCAUCAACCCAGUAUCCACCGUGGAUCACCCCAAGAUCAACGAGUGGCUGUCCCUGGUGGAGAAGCAGAUGCGUUUCACUUUGGCUUCGCUGUUGGCACAGGCUGUGCAGGAUAUCAAGCAGUUCCGCGACGGAAAGAUCGAUCCUCAGGCCUACAUGGAGUGGUGCGACAAGUACCAAGCCCAGAUUGUGGUGCUCGCCGCCCAGAUCCUUUGGUCCGAGGAUGUGGAGACUGCCCUUCAACAGGCCUCUGAGAACAACCAAUCUAAGCCGAUGCAGCAGGUCCUGGGAAAUGUAGAGAGCACUCUGAACGUACUGGCUGAUUCGGUCUUGCAGGAGCAGCCUCCUCUCCGUCGCCGCAAAUUGGAGCACCUUAUCAACGAGUUUGUGCACAAGCGAACAGUGACUCGCCGACUCCUUAACAACGGAGUUACCUCGCCCAAGUCCUUCCAGUGGCUGUGCGAGAUGCGUUUCUACUUCGAUCCACGGCAAACUGAGGUGCUGAAACAACUGACUAUCCACAUGGCCAACGCUCGCUUCUUCUACGGCUUUGAGUAUCUGGGUGUCCAGGAUCGAUUGGUGCAGACUCCGCUGACGGAUCGUUGCUAUCUGACCAUGACACAGGCCCUGGAGUCACGUCUUGGAGGAUCUCCAUUCGGACCUGCGGGUACAGGAAAAACCGAGUCCGUGAAGGCACUUGGCAACCAACUUGGACGCUUCGUUCUCGUCUUCAAUUGCGAUGAAACCUUCGAUUUCCAGGCCAUGGGCCGAAUCUUUGUCGGUCUGUGCCAGGUGGGAGCUUGGGGCUGCUUCGAUGAGUUCAAUCGACUGGAGGAGCGCAUGCUCUCCGCCUGCUCGCAGCAGAUCCAGACCAUUCAGGAGGCAUUGAAAUACGAGAUGGACAGCAACAAGGAAAGCAUCACCGUGGAGCUGGUGGGCAAGCAGGUGCGCGUCUCACCAGACAUGGCUAUUUUCAUCACCAUGAAUCCUGGCUAUGCCGGUCGCUCCAAUCUGCCAGAUAACUUGAAGAAACUCUUCCGCUCGCUGGCCAUGACCACGCCAGAUCGCCAGCUUAUCGCCGAGGUGAUGUUGUUCUCGCAAGGUUUUCGCUCUGCCGAGAAACUGGCCUGCAAGAUUGUGCCCUUCUUCAAACUGUGCGACGAACAACUGUCCAACCAGAGCCACUACGACUUCGGUCUGCGUGCAUUGAAGUCCGUGCUGAUCUCUGCCGGAAACGUGAAGCGAGACCGCAUCAUGAAGAUCAAGGAACAGAUGAGACAACGCGGCGACGAAAACAUCGACGAGGCUUCGGUGGCCGAGAACCUGCCCGAGCAGGAGAUCCUUAUCCAGUCGGUGUGCGAGACCAUGGUGCCCAAACUGGUGGCCGAAGACAUUCCGCUGCUCUUCUCGCUUUUGAGCGACGUUUUCCCCAAUGUGGGAUACACGCGUGCGGAGAUGAAGGGUCUGAAGGAGGAAAUCCGAAAGGUUUGCCAGGAGGACUACCUGGUCUGCGGCGAGGGUGACGAGCAGGGCGCUGCCUGGAUGGAGAAGGGACUCGGCUCCACCUGGGUGGACAAAGUGCUGCAACUGUACCAGAUCUCCAACCUGAACCAUGGACUAAUGAUGGUGGGUCCAUCCGGAUCCGGCAAGUCCACUGCUUGGAAGACACUUCUGAAGGCUCUGGAGCGCUUCGAGGGCGUUGAGGGCGUGGCCCAUGUCAUCGACCCGAAGGCCAUUUCCAAGGAGGCGCUUUACGGUGUCCUAGACCCCAACACUCGUGAGUGGACCGAUGGUUUGUUCACCCACAUUCUGCGAAAGAUUAUCGACAAUGUGCGUGGUGAGAUCAACAAGAGGCAAUGGAUCAUCUUUGAUGGUGAUGUGGAUCCCGAGUGGGUGGAGAAUUUGAAUUCCGUGCUGGAUGACAACAAGCUCUUGACGUUGCCCAACGGAGAGCGUCUUUCGCUGCCUCCCAACGUGAGGGUGAUGUUCGAGGUGCAGGAUCUGAAGUUCGCCACUUUGGCCACAGUAUCGCGUUGCGGCAUGGUCUGGUUCUCGGAGGAUGUGCUCUCCACGGAGAUGAUAUUCGAAAACUAUCUGUCCCGUUUGCGUAGCAUUCCAUUGGAGGAUGGAGACGAAGACUUCGUGGGCGUCAUAAAGCCGGCAAAGGACAAGGAGGAGGAGGUGUCACCCUCACUCCAGGUGCAGCGAGAUAUUGCUUUGCUCCUGCUGCCCUUCUUUUCGGCCGAUGGCAUCGUCGUGCGCACCCUGGAGUACGCUAUGGACCAGGAGCACAUUAUGGACUUCACCCGUUUGCGUGCCCUCAGUUCGCUCUUCUCCAUGCUCAACCAGGCGGCUCGAAAUGUGCUGACCUUCAACGCACAACAUCCAGAUUUCCCCUGCUCCGCUGAUCAGUUGGAGCACUACAUACCCAAGGCGUUGGUCUACUCAGUGCUCUGGUCUUUUGCUGGCGACGCCAAGUUAAAGGUUCGCAUCGAUUUGGGAGACUUUGUGCGCAGUGUUACCACCGUUCCACUGCCGGGAGCUGCCGGUGCUCCAAUCAUCGACUACGAGGUCAAUAUGAGCGGUGACUGGGUUCCGUGGAGCAACAAGGUGCCGGUCAUUGAGGUGGAAACGCACAAGGUGGCCUCUCCGGACAUUGUUGUGCCCACAUUGGACACCGUUCGCCACGAGUCGCUGCUGUACACCUGGCUGGCCGAGCACAAACCUUUGGUGCUCUGCGGUCCACCCGGUUCUGGCAAGACUAUGACCCUGUUCUCGGCUCUCCGAGCUCUGCCCGAUAUGGAAGUGGUGGGCCUGAAUUUCUCCUCGGCCACCACCCCGGAACUGCUGCUUAAGACGUUUGACCACUACUGUGAAUACCGCAAGACACCAAACGGAGUGGUCCUCUCACCUGUUCAGAUUGGAAAGUGGCUGGUGCUGUUCUGCGAUGAAAUCAACUUGCCAGAUAUGGACAGCUAUGGAACACAGCGCGUUAUCUCUUUCCUGCGCCAGCUGGUGGAGCAUAAGGGCUUCUACAGGGCCAGCGAUCAGGCUUGGGUUUCACUGGAACGCAUUCAGUUUGUGGGUGCUUGUAAUCCGCCCACCGAUCCCGGUCGCAAGCCGUUGUCGCAUCGGUUCUUGAGACAUGUCCCCAUCAUCUAUGUGGACUACCCUGGAGAGACAUCGCUGAAGCAGAUCUACGGCACCUUCUCGCGUGCCAUGCUGAGAUUGAUGCCUGCCCUUCGUGGUUACGCAGAGCCUUUGACCAAUGCCAUGGUGGAGUUUUACCUGGCCUCACAGGAUCGUUUUACGCAGGACAUGCAACCGCAUUACGUCUAUUCGCCUCGUGAGAUGACCCGUUGGGUUCGUGGUAUUUGCGAGGCCAUUCGUCCUUUGGAUUCCCUUCCGGUUGAAGGUCUGGUGCGUCUCUGGGCUCACGAAGCUCUGCGACUGUUCCAGGAUCGACUGGUUGAUGAUUCGGAGCGCCGAUGGACCAAUGAGAACAUUGAUUUGGUGGGCCAGAAACACUUCCCUGGAAUUAACCAAGAGGAGGCUCUACAGCGGCCGAUCCUGUACAGCAACUGGCUGAGCAAGGACUACAUGCCGGUGAACCGUGAGCAGCUGCGUGAUUAUGUGCGCGCCCGAUUGAAGGUCUUCUACGAGGAGGAGCUUGAUGUGCCCCUCGUACUCUUCGACGAAGUUCUCGACCACGUGCUGCGUAUCGAUCGAAUCUUCCGCCAGCCACAGGGUCACUUGCUGCUGAUUGGAGUUUCAGGAGCCGGAAAGACUACGCUCUCCCGCUUCGUGGCCUGGAUGAAUGGCUUGUCCAUCUUCCAGAUCAAGGUGCACAACAAGUAUACCAGCGAGGACUUUGACGAGGAUUUGCGUUGUGUGCUGCGCCGCUCUGGAUGCAAGGACGAGAAGAUUGCCUUUAUUUUGGAUGAAUCCAACGUUCUGGAUUCUGGCUUCUUGGAGCGCAUGAACACGCUGUUGGCCAACGGAGAGGUGCCCGGAUUGUUCGAGGGUGACGAGUACACCACUCUGAUGACUCAGUGCAAGGAGGGUGCCCAGCGCGAGGGUCUCAUGCUGGACUCCAGCGACGAACUAUACAAGUGGUUCACCCAGCAGGUGAUGCGCAAUCUGCACGUGGUCUUCACCAUGAAUCCUUCCACCGAUGGACUCAAGGAUCGCGCCGCCACUUCCCCGGCCCUGUUCAAUCGUUGUGUCCUGAAUUGGUUUGGCGACUGGUCGGACUCGGCUCUGUUCCAGGUGGGCAAGGAGUUCACCACUCGUGUGGACCUGGAGAAACCCAACUGGCAUGCGCCCGACUUCUUCCCCUCCGUCUGCCAUCUGGUGCCGGCCAAUCCCACUCAUCGCGAUGCGGUGAUCAACUCGUGUGUGUAUGUCCACCAGACACUCCACCAGGCCAACGCUCGACUGGCGAAGCGCGGCGGUCGCACCAUGGCAGUGACUCCCCGUCACUACCUGGACUUUAUCCACCACUUCGUCAAGCUGUACAAUGAGAAGCGCAGCGACCUGGAGGAGCAGCAGCUUCAUCUUAACGUGGGUCUCAACAAGAUCGCCGAAACUGUGGAGCAGGUGGAGGAGAUGCAGAAGUCGCUGGCCGUGAAGAAGCAGGAGUUGCAGGCCAAGAACGAGGCUGCCAACGCCAAGCUCAAGCAGAUGUUCCAGGAUCAGCAGGAGGCGGAGAAAAAGAAGAUCCAGUCCCAGGAGAUCCAGAUCCGUUUGGCCGAUCAGACAGUCAAGAUCGAGGAGAAGCGCAAAUACGUGAUGGCCGAUUUGGCCCAGGUGGAACCUGCGGUUAUUGAUGCACAAGCAGCGGUCAAGUCGAUCCGCAAGCAACAGCUCGUUGAGGUGCGAACCAUGGCUAAUCCGCCGUCGGUGGUCAAAUUGGCUCUCGAAUCGAUCUGCCUGCUGCUGGGCGAAAAUGCGACCGAUUGGAAAUCGAUCCGCGCCGUGAUCAUGCGCGAAAAUUUCAUAAAUUCAAUUGUAUCUAACUUCGGUACCGAGAACAUAACCGAUGAUGUGCGCGAGAAGAUGAAGUCCAAGUAUCUGAGCAAUCCGGAUUAUAACUUCGAAAAGGUUAAUCGUGCCAGUAUGGCUUGUGGUCCUAUGGUUAAAUGGGCCAUUGCUCAGAUCGAAUACGCUGACAUGUUGAAACGUGUGGAGCCCCUGCGCGAGGAGUUGCGCUCUCUGGAGGAGCAAGCCGAUGUAAAUCUGGCCAGUGCCAAGGAAACCAAGGACCUGGUGGAGCAACUGGAGCGCAGUAUUGCUGCCUACAAGGAGGAGUACGCCCAGCUCAUUUCCCAGGCCCAGGCCAUCAAAACUGAUCUGGAGAACGUCCAGGCCAAGGUGGAUCGCUCCAUUGCUCUACUUAAGAGCUUGAACAUUGAACGCGAGCGCUGGGAGUCCACUAGCGAGACUUUCAAGUCCCAGAUGUCCACCAUUGUGGGUGAUGUGCUGCUCUCCGCGGCCUUUAUCGCCUACGGUGGCUACUUUGAUCAGCACUAUCGGUUGAACUUGUUCACCACCUGGUCACAGCAUCUGCAGGCGGCCAGCAUUCAGUACCGCGCGGAUAUCGCUCGCACCGAAUACCUUUCCAAUCCCGACGAGCGACUGCGCUGGCAGGCAAAUGCCCUGCCCACGGAUGAUCUGUGCACGGAGAACGCCAUUAUGUUGAAGCGCUUCAACCGCUAUCCGCUGAUCAUUGAUCCUUCGGGUCAAGCAACCACUUUCCUGCUCAACGAAUACGCUGGCAAGAAGAUUACAAAGACCUCGUUCUUGGAUGACUCGUUCCGCAAAAAUCUGGAGUCCGCACUGCGUUUCGGCAAUCCCCUGCUCGUCCAGGAUGUGGAGAACUACGAUCCUAUUCUCAACCCGGUGCUGAACCGCGAACUGCGUCGCACUGGCGGUCGUGUGCUUAUCACCCUUGGCGACCAGGACAUUGAUCUGUCGCCGUCCUUCGUCAUCUUCCUGUCCACUCGCGAUCCCACUGUGGAAUUCCCGCCGGAUAUUUGCUCGAGGGUGACAUUCGUGAACUUUACGGUCACGCGCAGCUCUCUGCAGUCGCAGUGCCUCAACCAGGUGCUGAAGGCUGAGCGUCCGGACAUCGAUGAGAAGCGUUCCGAUUUGCUGAAGCUUCAGGGCGAGUUCAGACUGCGUUUGCGCCAGUUGGAGAAGAGUCUGUUGCAGGCACUCAACGACGCCAAGGGCAAGAUCCUGGACGACGACUCGGUGAUUACCACAUUGGAGACCCUUAAGAAGGAGGCCUACGACAUCAACCAGAAGGUGGAUGAGACCGACAAGGUUAUAGCCGAAAUCGAAACAGUGUCGCAGCAGUAUCUGCCACUCUCGGUGGCCUGCAGCAACAUUUACUUCACCAUGGACAGCCUUAACCAGGUGCACUUCCUCUACCAGUACUCCCUGAAGAUGUUCCUCGAUAUCUUCUCUACGGUGCUGUAUAAUAACACCAAGCUGGAGGGCCGGACCGAUCACUCCGAGCGUCUUGGCAUUGUGACCAGGGAUCUGUUCCAGGUGUGCUAUGAGCGAGUGGCUCGUGGAAUGAUCCACAACGACCGCUUGACCUUUGCCCUGCUCAUGUGCAAGAUCCAUCUGAAGGGCACGUCGGAGUCUAACCUGGAUGCGGAGUUCAACUUCUUCCUACGCAGCCGAGAGGGACUGCUUGCCAAUCCCACUCACGUGGAAGGACUUUCUGGUGAGCAAAUCGAGAGUGUCAACCGUCUGGCCACUCGUCUUCCCAUCUUCCGCAAACUUCUGGAAAAGGUGCGAUCCAUUCCCGAGCUGGGUGCCUGGUUGCAGCAGAGCUCGCCGGAACAGGUUGUUCCCCAGCUGUGGGACGAGUCCAAGGCACUCAGUCCAAUUGCCAGUUCCGUGCACCAGCUGCUGUUGAUUCAGGCCUUCCGACCGGAUCGCGUUAUAGCCGCCGCUCACAAUGUGGUCAACACUGUGCUUGGAGAGGACUUUAUGCCCAACGCCGAGCAGGAACUGGACUUCACCGCCGUGGUGGACAAGCAGUUGAACUGCAACACUCCAGCGCUUCUUUGCUCGGUGCCCGGCUUCGAUGCCUCCGGACGUGUGGAUGACCUGGCUGCGGAGCAGAACAAGCAGAUUUCCAGCAUUGCCAUCGGUUCCGCCGAGGGCUUCAACCAAGCUGAGAGGGCCAUUAACAUGGCCUGCAAGACUGGUCGCUGGGUGCUCCUAAAGAACGUCCACUUGGCUCCUCAGUGGCUUGUACAGCUGGAGAAAAAGAUGCACUCGCUGCAGCCCCAUUCCGGUUUCCGUCUCUUCCUCACCAUGGAGAUUAAUCCCAAGGUUCCGGUUAACCUACUGCGAGCUGGCCGCAUCUUUGUGUUUGAGCCACCACCAGGCAUUCGGGCCAACCUGCUGCGCACCUUCUCCACGGUGCCGGCAGCGCGCAUGAUGAAGACCCCAAGUGAGCGAGCUCGCCUUUACUUCCUGCUGGCCUGGUUCCACGCCAUCGUCCAGGAGCGACUUCGAUAUGUGCCCCUGGGCUGGGCUAAGAAGUACGAGUUCAACGAAUCGGAUCUGCGCGUGGCCUGCGACACCUUGGAUACCUGGAUCGAUACCACGGCCAUGGGACGCACUAAUCUGCCACCAGAGAAGGUGCCAUGGGAUGCCCUGGUCACCUUGCUCUCGCAAUCCAUUUACGGAGGAAAGAUCGACAACGAUUUUGAUCAGCGGCUACUAACUUCGUUCCUAAAGAAGCUCUUCACGGCCCGCAGCUUCGAGGCAGACUUUGCCCUGGUGGCUAACGUUGAUGGCGCUUCUGGAGGCUUGCGUCACAUCACCAUGCCUGAUGGCACCCGUCGCGAUCACUUCUUGAAGUGGAUUGAAAACCUAACUGACCGCCAGACUCCUUCAUGGCUGGGACUGCCCAACAAUGCGGAGAAGGUGCUGCUGACCACCCGAGGAACGGAUUUGGUCAGUAAGCUGCUCAAGAUGCAGCAGCUGGAGGACGACGAUGAGUUAGCCUACAGCGUGGAGGAUCAGGAGCAAUCUGGAGUGGCCCGCGGCGAGGAUGGACGACCAUCGUGGAUGAAGACACUGCACAAUUCGGCUACCGCUUGGUUGGAGCUGCUCCCGAAGAAUCUGCAGGUGCUCAAGCGUACGGUGGAGAACAUCAAGGAUCCCUUGUACCGAUACUUCGAGCGCGAGGUGACCAGCGGUUCUCGGCUGCUGCAGACAGUGAUCCUGGACCUCCAGGACGUGGUUCUCAUCUGCCAAGGCGAGAAGAAGCAGACCAACCACCACCGUUCCAUGCUGUCGGAGCUGGUUCGCGGCAUUAUCCCGAAGGGCUGGAAGCGUUACACCGUUCCUGCAGGAUGCACAGUGAUCCAGUGGAUCACGGACUUUAGUAACCGUGUGCAGCAGCUGCAGAAGGUAUCGCAGUUGGUGUCGCAGGCUGGCGCCAAGGAGCUGCAAGGCUUCCCCGUCUGGCUAGGCGGUCUGCUCAAUCCGGAGGCCUACAUCACGGCCACCAGGCAGUGUGUGGCCCAGGCAAACAGUUGGUCGCUGGAGGAGCUAGCCCUGGAAGUGACCAUCACGGAUGCUGGUCUGAAGACCGAUCAGAAGGAUUGUUGCUUCGGAGUCACUGGACUCAAACUGCAGGGCGCCCAGUGCAAGAACAACGAGUUGCUGCUGGCUUCCACCAUCAUGAUGGAUCUGCCUGUGACCAUUCUCAAGUGGAUGAAGAUCUCCUCGGAGCCGCGCAUCAGCAAGCUGACAUUGCCGGUUUACUUGAACUCCACGCGCACGGAACUACUUUUCACCGUGGACUUGGCCGUUGCUGCAGGACAGGAUUCGCACAGCUUCUACGAGCGAGGUGUAGCCGUUUUGACUUCCACAGCUUUGAACUAAGUGCUCAGCACAAACUAUCUUCUUUAGCCUAUAUAUUAAUCCUAACAAUCCUACAGCGCUUCAGAAAAAAAACGAUUUAAAACCCUUACUUUAAGUGUCUAAAAGGUUAUGAAAUAUUUUAUAUUUUUUUAUUUAAAGUCCCCUAUGAAAAUGUUAUAAACUUUAAUGUUCAAGAAAAUGUUGAGAUUAGAAAUCCUUUCUUAAAGCUGAAAAUAUUUUAAACUUUCAACAUUGGACCUAACAAUUUUAAUUACUUCUGUAUCUUUUGAAGUCCGUUUUUGUUAUAAGAACACAUUCGUAAAAUUAUUUUUACCCAAUCCCCUUAAAGUUUCCUAAAAUAUAUAUACUCUUAGCAACCCCA